AAAAACAAAACAUGGUUGGCUUUUUUUAAUUAUAAUUUUAUUAUAGAAUUUUCUUUCCACGUCUAAAAUAUUACUAUAGUUAAACUAUGGUAUUUAUAUAGUAAAACCAUAACAACCACAAAAUUACGAUUUUAUUGUAAGAGCACACAAAACUAUUUCAGAAAGAAUCCCCUGUAGAUAGACAAACAGAGGUUUGAAUUUUACACCUAAUAACCAAAAACAUUAUUCAUUAGAAUAGGUCAGGGGUGCCCACACUUUUUUGUGUGAUGAUCUACUUUUAAAUGACCAAUUCAAUAAGAUCUACCAACUAAAAAAAAACACAGUUUCAUUUAAAAUAAGAAAAUGCUUGUUGGGACUACUGCAUGUAUUCCUACAUGGAAUUCAUCUUCUAAUUAAUAAAAAAAUAUAUAAUAAUGUUCAAUGUUGAUAUCAUUCCAUUUUAAAACUAAACCCAAAACACCUACAGCACAAUAGAUUACAAUAGCCAGGGCAUUUACCUUAUUCAGAUGACUUGCACUGAAUGGAAUCAGACAGUUUUGCCUAAUCCGGGCAGUAGCAUCGCAAUUUCGCGCUCUGUUCUCAGAAGUCCUUGGAAGGCACGUAUGAGCAAAUCUAGUUGUCAUGGCAACUGAAUAAACAAAACCUCGCCUGGUCAAUAUUUACUCUCAAGUGCAAGUCAGACAGAAACUAAAAGAAGGAAAGACAUUAAGUGUAUUUUUAUUAAAAUUGAACUAAAGUACAUUUACAUUUUGUGCGAUCACCAGCAUUGCCUUUGCAAUCGACUGGUAGAUCGUGAUCGACGUAUUUGGCACCCCUGGAAUAGGUUAUUUGGUGCUUCAUACAGUGCCUGCUGUGUGUACAAGAAAGCAUAUAAUAUAUCAAUAAACGAGUCCGUAUUUUAAAUAAUUUGUAUUCGUUUUUAUGAAUAAAUGUGAUAUUACUUUGAUAAACAUGAUAUAAACAUGAUUUAAUUUUUUAAAAACAGAUUUGUCAGAGUUUGAUGGAACAGAAUUUGUCAGAAUAAACACCUUGGUAAUGGCAUACUACCAUACUACUAUAAUUCUGUCAUAGACUGACAUAGCCCAUUGUGAGUCUGGCCAUUUUAGAAUAUGCUAUGUCGUCAUUCAGUUUGUGCAGCUGCUUUGAAGCAAUUUCACUGGCUGAGCCAGAUGGCUGCUCUCAAAUCGCUCUCGAUGUACUUUGAUGGCAUACAUCAGAGUGACACAGCGGUGGUGCUCUCAAGUCGGACAGAAUUUCUAACCAACAUGCACCGUUUCAGGCACCGAUCGCUCUGCGCAGCACUGCAUGAAGUUGAACACACCUAAAGUCAGUUAAGUCAGGUGGUGUAACUAACAGUAAACAUUUUGUUGAUAUGUGACAAAAAAAAAACAACAACAGAAAUUACCCCUUUUAACCCUCUUGAAUGUGUGAAAUGAAAAAAUAAACUGUUGUGUAUGAAAAUCCUAGGAGAUCAGCAGUUACUGAAAUACUCAAACCAGCCCAUCUGACACCAACAAUCAUGCCAUGGUCCAAAUCACUGAGAUCAAUUUUCUUUCCCCCAUUCUGAUGGUUGAUGUGAACAUUAACUGAAGCCUUGUUGAUGAGAGAGGUGAACAGAGAAUGGCCAGACUGCUUCGAGCUGGUAAAGUAAACUUAAAACUUAAAAGAAAAAUUAUUUUAUAUGAAGUUACGCACACUGCUGAUCAGUGUCUGUCGGAAGCGGCCAGCUACAACUCCAGAGGCUGCUCAAUAUUCUGCAGUGCCACGAAGCUCAACUAGCAUAAUUUUCCAUUAAAUUUGAGCCAAAUCAUUAUCAAACGACAUAAAUUGUAUAUUCUAGCCAUCGGUGGAUGAUAUACUGUAUUGUGUAUAUUUCGUAAAGCCUACAUAUUGUGUGUUUUUGUGUUUUGACAGUUUGAAUGAAACCUCUUCAAGGAUACAUACAGAGAAAUUCCAUAAUAAACGUUGCCAUUUGUAAUCGUUCACUUUGCAGGUUAAUGUAUAAAACUGGUGUAACUGCUCAAACUUAUCAACGUCACUUUGUUCAUUCUUGAAGAAGUACAAAAUCCUUCGUAACUUUUGUUUGUAUGUGACUAGAUCCACAACGUAUUUUUGACUGCCGCAUCUGCCCUGUGUGACAGUGAUACCUGAGUCUUGUUCUACCUCCGACUGGCUUUGAUCUGAUGGAUGUGAAAGAUGGAAGUCAAGAACUGAAUGAAGUGGAGGAAGGACAUCAGUAUGAGGACCCUCAUUAUUUUAUAGCUGAAGAUGGAUCUUUUAGUUGCUCACAGACUGAAAAUGAAAGUUUUCAGUCAGGAGCCACAAAGUCUUUCACCUGUCUUCACUGUGGAAAAAGUUUCUCAUGUAAAGGAGACCUAAAGAGGCACAUGAGAAUUCAUUCUGGUGAGAGGCCUUACACAUGCCUUCAGUGUGGCAAGAGUUUCACAUGGUCACACAGCCUCAAAGAUCAUCUGCUUUCGCACUCUGGGCUCAAAUCUUUUCACUGCGACCAGUGUGGAAAGAAAUUUAUUUCGCCUACAGCCCUGAAAAGACACCAGAAAAUUCAUGGAAACGAGAAGCCUUAUGUGUGUUCUUUCUGUGACAGGAGUUUUACACGACUGGACUAUUUGAAGGAACACCUAAAAAUACAUACUGGUGAGAGAGCGCAUGUGUGCUCAGAGUGUGGAAGUGCCUUUUCUAGAGCCAGUUGCUUGAAAGAACAUCAAAUCAUCCAUACUGGAGAGAAGCCUUACAAGUGCUCACAUUGUGGCAAGAGUUUCAAUCGACCAAGAGCCCUGAAAAUACAUGAAAGAGUCCAUAAUAUAGUAAAGCCGUACCACUGCUCUUUAUGUGGGACGAGAUUCAUCACAUCAAGUAAUCUAAUGACCCAUAAAAAAAAGAAUUGUCCUAAAUUGUCACAGAGACCUGAAAGUUCAUCUUCAGGUCCACUGCUUAAUAAUGUGAAAAUAUUGUGAACUACAGAUAUACACAACUGCAGUGAAGUCUGUGUUGACCAAGACAAUUUAGGGGAAGUCAUUUCAUUAAUUAACUAAUAAUUAUAUGAAUUGCAUGUUGUUGCAUUUGUAAUGGCAUAUGUUCUCCAUACGCUUCAUUUAAUUUUGUUAAAGAGCUGACUGACUGUCAUAGAAUAGAUAAUACAUGUAUUGGUAUUUAUUUACUUGGUUUAACGCUUUUUUAAAGUAAUAUUUUAUUUCUAGUUUUAAAUAAUUGUAUUAUCAUUAUUUUAUUAA